AGGCUCGAAUGGUUCUUGUUGCAGAACGGUGGGACGGUGCUGAAAGACUCGACGACGGAGGAAGUGAGCGGUGGGGUGUCGGCGAAAUUCGGCGACUCGCCACCGAUCAGUCUGACGCAGGAAGGUGGCUCGCUGUCCGACAGCGGCAUUUCCGACAGCGGUAGCGAGCAGGAGCUGAGCGAACGUGAGCGUAGAUUGGCCGCCCUUCGUCGACUGACCCGUAGUUUGGAGAAUCAGCUGGCGCCCGGAAGCGAGGCCCUCGUCGAGCUAUUGAAACGCGUCGAGGACGCGGAAACGGAGCUCCGGGAUCUUCAGAAACAGUGCCGGGAGCUGAUUGUACGCACCGCCGCCAGCGUCGAGGCGCGUGCUGCGAAAAGGACCAGCAAUCAAGUUCAUCAUCUCGUGGACAAACGGAAGAAGCCUGUUGCCACGGAGAUGUCGAAAGAGGGUGCGGAGCUGGUCGUGACGCCCGUGCAAGCGAAAAGCGGAGCCACGGACGGAGGAGAUCCCGACAACGAGCCGGGUCUUCCCCACAGCUGGGUCUGGCGCAUCCUAAGAGCUGCUCUGCCCUUCCAGUUGGCCUUGGUCGCUCUCUUCUGCGCCGCCUGUCUCCUCGAGCCACACUGCUGCGAGGCGACCAACACGUUGAACUUCUCGUUGACCCCUCAGCUACGAUACGUUAGGGGCCCUCCACCUGUGUGAGCGUCGCGACGCCAAUCACCUGUUGGAAAAGCCUGACACGGCGUCGCAAUUCCAUGGAAAUUCCACGGGAGUCGAGCCCUCAGUCACCGAGCACAGGUUGCUUGUUUGCGCGAUCCGCGAUCGAAUUAAUAGAUGGAUAGAUCGAUGAUAGAUAUCAUUGCACUGGCUGGAAAGUUGAUCGAUGAAAUGGCAGAGAAGUGAAAUGCUUUUCUAUUUGUCGUAUAAUGUAAGAAAUGAUUAAUUUGUAAAUGUGAAUGUCUCGAUUUAUGCAGUUUACGAGGGAACUUGUGUAGAUUGUAAAAAUAUUUGUUACAAUAAUAGUAAUAAUUUAGGAGAACAGGAAUAAAUUGACAAUUUGAAACAGUCAACUGAAAUUAAAGAAGGUCAGAAAAUUAGUUCGAUAAUACAUAGUAAAUUUAACUCAGUAUAACGAUUGUAGGAUAUUGUACAUUUUCUAAUAUAAUCAAUUAUUAAAAAGAAAAAGAUAAUGUAAUUAUUUAAAAGUAU